AUGUGUUGCUUCCCGGUGUAUGCUUUAUACAGAAUUGGGUAUUCCGGCGAUGUGCCAUUGUUUCCGAUAUGGUUAUCGGUGGAAGCUAAAGAUUUAUUGAAUAAGUGUUUGCGAACAAUUAUUGAAGAAAGAUGGACAGCAAACCAACUUCUUCAACACCCAUUUGUUGAUUCGAUUUAUGAUUUCCAAAAGAUUGAAAUUUUUUCAAAGAAUUCUCCGAGUAGCAUCCUGGAUCAAGGAUUCUGGGACUGUUUUAAAGCGUUUGAGGCUUCACCACUGAUGACCCGGUUGAUAAACUUCUCUGGCGAGUCUCCGGUGGUUAGGAUAAGACAGUACGAGGGUAAUUCUUUCUACAAUCAAUCAACAGCGCCAGGAAAUGAUGGCUUAUGUGGCAAUCACACAUCAUCAAGACAAAGUGUUUUUGAAACCACUGUGGAUGGAUUGAUGUCUGAUCUUUCUAUCGCCACACCAAAAAUAAAUGGUUUCUUUGCUGCGGCCACAACACCCGUUAUUGGCACCAAUACAAGUACUGCAUACGCUAUCGCGCAGUGUGCCAUUUCAAUAACACGCGAUGAUUGCAGAAAUUGCCUACAAGUGGCAUAUGCUAACACAAGAGUUUGCGCAGCUGAUGUUACUGAUGGGAGAAGUGUUGAUUCUGGGUGUUUUAUGAGGUACUCAGCCUCUCCGUUUUUCCCCAACAAUGCAAUUAUUGAUAUCACGCCGUUUUUACGAGAUGGAGGGUCAAGCAACAAGGGAGCCAUUAUAGGAGGUGUUGUUGGUGUGAUCAUCUUGCUAAUACUUAUACUUUUGUGGUAUCGUCGAUCAAGGAAAAGAACAUCACCAGGAAGUUAUGCCAUGGAAGCAGAGGAUUUGAAAGGUGCAGUACAUUACAAUUAUAACGAUCUGCAGUUGGCUACCAAUAAUUUUGGGGAAGAGAAUAUUCUAGGGAAAGGAGGUUUUGGUGAAGUAUUCAAGGCAACCCUUGAUGAUAAGAAUAUUGUGGCAGUAAAGAAACUUCACGUACAACAUGGUAGAGUAAAAGAAGAAUUUGAGAAUGAAGUUAAGCUUAUAAGUGACAUUCAUCAUCGAAAUCUUCUACGUCUCCUUGGAUGGUCAAGUGAAGGAUCUGAUCUAUUUCUAGUCCUGGAAUAUAUGCCAAAUGGAAGCCUUGAUCAAUUCUUAUGGGGUUCAAAAAGGGAUUUUGGGCUGGCAAGGUUUCUACCUGAGGAUGAAACUCAUGUUAUCACCAAGUUUGCUGGGACAUUGGGUUACACAGCGCCAGAAUAUGCACUACAAGGUGUUUUAUCGGAUAAAGUUGACACGUACAGCUUUGGAGUCGUGAUUCUUGAAAUCAUUAGUGGCCGAAGGAGUACCGAAGCAUGGAAGUCAUAUGAGAAGAAAGUACAUAUGGAAUUCAUUGAUGUGACAUUGGACUUGAACCAACACCAACAAGAACAUGUGAUGAAGAUCAUUGAGAUUGCUUUGUUGUGCACCCAAUCGCCAGUUACGAAGAGACCAACGAUGUCUGAGGUCGUUUUGAUGCUUCAAGAUGGCCAAUCAUUGGGGAAAAAAGAGCUAACCAGACCUACUUAUGUGCACAAUCAUGAAAGGAGGAUCCAUAUUGGCUCUUCAAAGAAUUUCGUUGCUGCUAAUACUAUUUGCAAAGACCCAAAGCAAAUAUUAGAGGCAAAUGAGAAGCUACGUAGUGAAAGAGCAGACGCCAAAGUAGAUGUAUUGGAGGAAGGGAUGAAUGUUGCAAAAAUCUUAUAA